CCGAAGGGACCAGCCCAGGAGUGGGACAAUAAAAUCCCUGACACCACUGUUCAAGAGGCCUGGGAGGGGGGAAGGCCAGGCCAGCUGCACGGGUAUAAAGCUGCCUGGCGCCCCUGGCACAGCACUGCAGCAGUGGCUUGCCAGGCUCCUCCAGAGCACUCCCAUGGAUAUCACCAUUCACAACCCCCUCAUCCGCAGACCCUUCCUGUCUUGGCUGGCACCGAGUCGCAUCUUUGACCAGAUCUUUGGAGAGCAUCUGCAGGAGUCAGAGCUGCUCCCUGCCUCCCCCAGCUUCAGCCCCUUCCUGAUGAGAUCCCCCAUCCUUCGGAUGCCCAGCUGGCUGGAGGCAGGACUCUCUGAGAUGAGGCUGGAGAAGGACAAAUUUUCUGUGAACCUCGAUGUGAAGCAUUUCUCCCCUGAGGAGCUCAAAGUGAAGGUGCUUGGGGACAUGAUAGAAAUCCAUGGGAAACACGAGGAGCGCCAGGAUGAGCAUGGCUUUAUUGCCAGGGAGUUCAGCAGGAAAUACAGGAUCCCAGAUGACGUGGACCCAGUGACCAUAACCUCAUCCCUCUCCCUGGAUGGUGUCCUGACUGUGAGUGCACCAAGGAAACAAAGCGACCUCCCCGAGCGCACCAUCCCCAUCACCCGUGAGGAGAAGCCUGCCAUUGCAGCAGCCCAAAGGAAGUAGCUGCUACUUAAAGCCACCCUGGGGGGAGGGGAGGAGGCCAUUCGAGGGCACUUUCCAUCAGAUGCCAGCCAUGCUGAAUGGCUUCUCUCAUUAUUUAUGCUGAGGAAGUUCACUCACAAAUAAAACAUGAAUAAGCAA